UAGCAACGUUUUCGUAGUCAAAAACCGGUAUCCGGACCUUUCGUGUGUGUGUCUGAGAGAACGUCUUAUACAUGUAACGUGUGUUUCAGAAGUUUAGAAACAGUUUAAGCUAUGUUUAGUUUAAGUGGACUUUCCGUGGCUCUUGUUUUCGCUUUAGUGCCAAGCAGCAGCGAGGCUUUAAAAGAGGGAGACUGUGAAGUAUGUUUAAGCUUUCUGGGCAAGUUUUACCAGUCACUACAAGACGAUAACGUACAGUUUACCAGUGACGCCAUUGAAAAGGCCCUGGUCAAAGUCUGCAAGGAUGCGAAAGGAAAGGAAAAUCGAUUUUGCUACUAUAUCGGAGCGACGAGCGACGCUGCUACAAAAAUCAUUAACGAGGUCUCUAAACCGCUGAGUUACCACAUGCCAGUGGAGAGGGUGUGCGAAAAGCUGAAGAAAAAAGACAGUCAGAUCUGUGAACUGAAGUACGAUAAACAAGUUGACUUGAGCACAGUGGACCUAAAGAAGCUGAAAGUGAAGGACCUGAAGAAGAUUCUGGACGAAUGGGGAGAGUCUUGUAAGGGCUGCGCGGAGAAAUCAGAUUUCAUCCGUAAGAUCACCGAGCUCAUGCCCAAGUACGCCCCGAACGCAGCCAAGGCACGGACAGACCUGUAAAACUCUCUGUGGACUUGUGGGACCAAAGGAGCGGCUAGGGGCAUCAUGGGUGCGAUUUUGUGCCUCCUGGUGGGGAGGGUGGUUUUGUUUCAUAUUGCCUAGUGGUAAACAUGAGGACUGUGACCUUUCAUUCAUCCAUUACUUUUAAGGCCACACUGUACUGUAAAUAUUAGACAACACUGUACUGUUUCAACCCAAAGUUUAUAUAUUAUAUAAUAGCAACUCUCCUGAAUAGCAUACAAUUUGCUUCUAGUGUUGACUUGCAUAAAUGCUUCAGAUGCUAACAUGGACUUCAGAUAAACCAGUUUUAGCUGGUUACUAAUUCAGAAAUAAGAUCACAUGUCUGUUAAACAGUCUAAUAAAAGGAUCCAUUUGUGUCGUCAAGGCUUACCAAAAAAAUCUGAAUCAAUAACAUUGUGUGAAACAACCAUAACGCUAAACUUUGAGUUGAAACAGAGUACAGAAACUGAAAAUGUUUAUACCUAGACAUGGUGGGUAAGAUCACAAACCACUCUCACCCUGUAGUUCACCUGUAGUUUCUUUUCAAAUGGAAUAGGUAUUCUUUUUUUUUUUUUUCUUUUUAUUUGACUAUUAUAUAGGAGAAUCCAAACUGACUCAAGUAAGUUGACGUCACUGUAAAACGUUUAUUAAAAGGUUGUACUAUACUUUUUCAUUAAAAGAAGAAAAUGGCUCCGA